CAUGGACGAGAAGUUGUUCACCAAGGAGCUGGACCAGUGGAUCGAGCAGCUGAACGAAUGCAAGCAGCUGUCCGAGUCCCAGGUCAAGAGCCUGUGCGAGAAGGCUAAAGAAAUCCUGACAAAAGAAUCCAACGUACAAGAGGUUCGAUGUCCAGUCACUGUCUGUGGAGAUGUGCACGGGCAAUUUCAUGACCUCAUGGAACUGUUUAGAAUCGGUGGCAAAUCACCAGAUACAAAUUACCUGUUUAUGGGUGAUUACGUUGACAGAGGAUACUACUCAGUGGAAACAGUUACACUGCUCGUAGCUCUUAAGGUUCGUUACCGUGAACGUAUCACCAUUCUUCGAGGGAAUCAUGAAAGCAGACAGAUCACACAAGUUUAUGGUUUCUACGAUGAGUGCUUAAGAAAAUACGGAAACGCAAAUGUUUGGAAAUACUUUACAGAUCUUUUUGACUAUCUUCCUCUCACUGCCUUGGUGGAUGGGCAGAUCUUCUGUCUCCAUGGUGGUCUUUCACCAUCCAUAGAUACACUGGACCACAUCCGAGCACUUGAUCGCCUACAAGAAGUUCCUCAUGAGGGCCCCAUGUGUGAUUUGCUGUGGUCAGAUCCAGAUGAUCGUGGUGGUUGGGGUAUAUCUCCUCGAGGAGCUGGUUACACCUUUGGCCAAGAUAUUUCUGAGACAUUUAACCAUGCCAAUGGCCUCACGUUGGUGUCUAGAGCUCACCAGCUGGUGAUGGAGGGUUAUAACUGGUGCCAUGACCGGAAUGUAGUAACAAUUUUCAGUGCUCCAAACUAUUGUUAUCGCUGUGGCAACCAAGCUGCAAUCAUGGAACUUGAUGAUACUCUCAAAUACUCCUUCUUGCAGUUUGACCCAGCACCUCGUAGAGGCGAGCCACAUGUUACUCGUCGGACCCCAGACUACUUCCUGUAAUGAAAUUUUAAACUUGUACAGUAUUGCCAUGAACCAUAUAUUGACCUGAUGGAAUGGGAAGAGCAACAGUAACUCCAAAGUGUCAGAAAAUAGUUAACAUUCAAAAAACUUGUUUUCACAUGGACCAAAAGAUGUGCCAUAUAAAAAUACAAAGCCUCUUGUCAUCAACAGCCGUGACCACUUUAGAAUGAGCCAGUUCAUUGCAUGCUGAAGCGACAUUGUUGGUCAAGAAUCCCGUUUCUGGCAUAGCGCUAUUUGUAGUUACUUUUGCUUUCUCUGAGAGACUGCAGAUACUAAGAUGUAAACAUUAACACCUCGUGAAUACAAUUUAACUUCCAUUUAGCUAUAGCUUUACUCAGCAUGACUGUAGAUAAGGAUAGCAGCAAACAAUCAUUGGAGCUUAAUGAACAUUUUUGAAAAUAAGUACCAGGGCCUCCCCUCUACUUGUGAAUUUUGAAAUCGUUUUGUUUAUUUUCAGGGAUACCAUUUAAUUUAAUUGUAUGAUUUGUCUGCACUCAGUUUAUUCCCUUCUCAAAUCUCAGCCCCGUGUUCUUUGUUAUUGUCAGAAAACCUGGUGAGUUAUUUUGAACAGAACUGUUUCCCCUCCUGUAAGACGAUGUUACUGCACAAGAGCACUGCAGUGUUUUUCAUAAUAAACUUGUGAACUAAGAA